CUGGGAGUUGCAUAUCCGGUUAUUUCAACUUGACUAGCGCCAUAUUGUUUCUGUGGCGUGCGUCGUUUUGGGCCUUCGCUUCUUUGUUUGUUUCAUUAGUUGAGCUCACAUUGCUGAAAAAUGAGUUACGGUCGACCUCCACCUCGCAUUGAUGGUAUGGUGUCGUUGAAGGUUGAUAAUUUAACUUAUAGAACUACCCCUGAUGAUCUACGACGUGUAUUUGAAAGGUGUGGUGAAGUCGGCGAUAUUUAUAUCCCCAGAGAUAGAUUUACACGUGAAAGUAGAGGUUUUGCAUUUGUUCGGUUUUAUGAUAAAAGAGAUGCUGAAGAUGCAUUAGAUGCUAUGGAUGGGCGAAUGUUAGAUGGUAGGGAGUUAAGAGUGCAAAUGGCACGUUAUGGACGCCCAUCCUCACCUUAUCGACGAGGAGGAAGGUCAUCUAGAAGAAGAAGGUCCAGGUCCAGGUCACGAUCAAGAUCACGUUCACGCAGAAGGUCAUACUCUCGUUCUCGUUCUAGGUCCCGAUCUGAUUCUAAGAGCUCCCGUGGAAGGUCCCGUUCACAUUCUAGAUCUCGUUCAAGGUCUAGAUAAAUGAUGUGUACGAAUGUUUCUUGAUUGGAAAUGAUUUAAACUUGAUUACUUUUUCCAGGUUAGUCCCAGGAUAUAUCCAACUAGACAACUUAUGUAUUAUUGUAAUACUUUUAAUUAUAUCUUGUAAUAAACAGUGAUUAGAUGUUUUCUUCCUUUUUUUUAAAUAAAUAGAUGUAUGUAAAUAUUUCUCUUUUUUUAAUUGACAACUCUUUAUUUACCAUGUUCU